AGUAGUUUUGCAGUUCAUGCAGACGUGUAGUGAAAUGUUCAUGUUGUCGUUUCCUCUCAGAAUGAAGACCAUCCUCAGCAACCAGACCGUCGACAUUCCCGACAACGUCGACGUGACGUUGAAGGGAAGGACCGUGAUCGUGAAGGGACCCCGCGGGACUCUGCGGCGGGAGUUCAACCACAUCAACCUGGAGCUGAGCCUGCUGGGCAAGAAGCACAAGAAGCUUCGAGUCGACAAAUGGUGGGGCAACAGAAAAGAGCUGGCUACAGUCCGAACCAUCUGCAGCCACGUGCAGAACAUGAUCAAGGGCGUGACGCUGGGUUUCCGGUACAAGAUGAGGUCUGUGUACGCUCACUUCCCCAUCAACGUGGUGAUGCAGGAGAGUGGAAGCCUGGUGGAGAUCAGAAACUUCCUGGGCGAGAAGUACAUCCGCAGAGUGCGCAUGAGGCAAGGUGUGUCAUGCACAGUCUCCCAGGCACAGAAAGACGAGCUGGUCCUGGAGGGAAAUGACAUCGAGCUCGUGUCCAACUCAGCGGCUUUGAUCCAGCAGGCAACCACAGUCAAAAACAAGGAUAUCAGGAAAUUCCUGGAUGGCAUUUAUGUCUCGGAGAAGGGAACAGUUGUGGAACCAGAGCAAUAAACCUCUAAGCUGCCCUGAUCCAACAAGCUACAACAGUGAAGAAGAAGGAUAUCCGAAAAUUCCUGGAUGGCAUUUAUGUGAACAAGAAGACAACUGUUAUUGAUUUGCACAGCGAGUAAAAUCUGUCCUCUUUGAGACAAUAAAACCAUCUUUUUUGCCACCA